CCCUCACCUGUCAGGUUUGGGCUCACAUCUCAGAAGGACGUCACUUUUUAUUCCUGAUGCUCCAGUUCCUGGUUGCAGCCCCGCAAGGGAUAGAAAGGAAUUAUGAUACUUGGCAGCUUGCCUUGCGAAAGGCACAGACUUCUUGGCUUGAGAGCUACAGACCGGACUGGUUUUUCCUUCAUCCACUUAUCGCGGGCUGGUCGGCUGAGGCCCUCCCUCAGGGUGGUGGGUGGAGGUGACUUGUCACUGCCACCCGCUCACGUAGGACAAGGCACUAGCUGCUGUCCGGGAGAGAGACACAAAAAACAGCCAGUUCAGAUUUGGCAGCUGCGGGCGCAGGAUGUCGCUGGUGAACGGAGUCGAGAGACGAUCCUUGGUCAAAGAAAUCCUCAGGCACCUGCCCCUUGCGGAUAAGACAGCUGUUUGGGGCACUCUGGGGACGAUCAGACCCCACCUGAACUUUGAGGUGGAAAAAGAUGUCCACGCUCUCCUUGAUGCCGUCAGCGGGAAAGGUGUCGAAUAUGUAACCGUCAUUGACCUACUGACCAACAGGAGCAAUGAACAGAGGCAGCAAAUUGCUGAAGAGUUCCUGAAUUUCACAAAACAGGACCUUCUGAAAACUCUGGAAGCAGCUUUUUCCGGGCACCUAGAGGGCGUGAUCACGGGUCUGCUGAAGCCGGCAGCUCAGUUUGAUGCUCAUGAAAUCAACCUGGCCCUGAAGGGCCUAGAGGCAGAUACACUUCUUGAAAUCCUCUCCACCCGAACCAGCCAGCAACUCCGGGAGAUCCUGGGUUGCUACAAGCAUGAUUUCAGUUUGGACCUUGAGAAGGACAUCGCUUCCAGAACCAGCGGUUUCCUUCAGAGUCUCCUGGAUGCCUUGAUCAAGGGCAACCGUGAAAGGUACUCUGGGGUCAUUGACUAUGUCUUGAUACGGCAAGAUACGCAGGCCCUCGCGGGUCCCGGAGGCGGCGACCCGGGCAGGUUGGAUGAGAGCGAGUGGAUCAGGAUCCUAACCGAGCGGAGCCCCCAACAUCUAAACAGAGUGUUCAUCUGGUACCACAAGAAGACUGGGCUCCAGGUGGAGGAAGCCAUGAAGAAGUACUUAGAGGGGAAGGCCCUCGAGGCUGGCUUGACCCUGGUCUCUAUCCUCAGAAACACCCCUCUCUAUUUUGCCACAAAGCUCUACCAAGCGGUUAAGGGUCCAGAAACCAGCCCAAGAACUCUGGCCCGCAUCCUGAUUUCCCGUAGCGAAACUGACCUGCUCAGCAUCCGAUCCGAGUUCAGGAAGCAUUAUGGGAUUUCUCUCUACUCCUUCCUCCAGGCUGAAAUGAAUGGCAACUACCAGACCGCCUUGCUUGGUCUGUGCAGAGCAGAAGAUCUGUAAGUUAUGCCCUCUGCUGACGAGCCUCUGUGUGCAACAGCAGUCUACCUCUGAAUACCAGGCAAAUGCUUACAUCAGCCAACCACCUCUUCCUCCCGAAGGCCCUGGAGUCCCGCCAAAAGUCACCCUCAGAGGAUCUCGAUUCUCCAUUUGCGCUAAUUUCUUCUUGUUUCUCGGUUGGUUCUGGAAAUAUUUUUUUGGGGGGGGAGGCUGGGAAUGAUUUAAGGAGAAAGAGCGAGAUGCCGUACGUAUUUCUUGCUGAGCCAAUGCCAACUGUGUUGCGAACAUCCAGCCAUUUCUGUGCUGGGGGGCAAAAUGGAAUUAAUUGCUCACGAGUCGUGAUGGUGAGAUGCUACCGCCAACAUCAGAGACCGUUUUUCCACUGGAAACUGCUGGCUGCCUUUUCCUCUGGGCGAUAUGAACCAAUCAGGGAUCCUGUGCUGAAUUUACAUUUACAGAAGCUGGAAUCUGGAACACCUGUGGCCCUCCAGAUGUGGUUGGACUCUUAUCACCUGUAGUCAGUGUUGGUGGAACUUGUAGUCCCUCAAUAUCUGGGGAGGGGGCACAGGUCCCCCUCAUAUCCAUCCCAGCAGCAAAGGACAACCUAUCAGCCUUUCUCAGGAACUACAACAUCCCCUUACCUGGAACUGUGUAGUUUAACAUAUACCGUAUUUUUCGCUCUAUAAGACGCACCAGACCAUAAGACGCACCUAGUUUUUGGAGGAGGAAAA